AUGGCCACUCAACCCCUCGCAAAAGAUGUGGAGGAAAUGUUUGGACGCACAAAGGCGUACCUCAUGAACGUCAACAAGGACGGCGUCAGCGUCUAUGACCAACUCACCCGGUUGAUGGAGCAGCUGCUGGACGAGAACCCGCACGGCAUUGCCGCCGAUCCCUCGAGCUUUAACGACGUUUUCACACUUCUGCAGCAGCACAGCUUUGUGAACGGUCAAAGCACCCCUGCGUGCAACGAGCCCUGCCCAGUCCCGCCGUCUGAGCUCGCGCGUCUUGCGGUCAAUGAACGCCUGUUUGAGCGACCGCCCCCGGAGGCAGUGACGACGAUAGAGCAGCCAGACCCGUAUACAACUGUAACGACGACGCGGAUAAAGCCGCACACCGCUCCUCCGUACGACUCCGUGGCUCAGCAGAACCUUUACUGGGCCUGGGCGGGGUGCGGUGUGACGGAGGAGGAGGCCUUUUUACUUGACCGGUCCAUCACGAUGCUGGCAAUGGGAAAGAAACUGAGGGAUGUUCGCUUCUUUGGAAAAAUUUUUGGUACAAGGGCCAACUACUACGUGGUUUGCAGCCAGCGUUAUGUCGAAGAGGGAGAAAAGGUUUACAAGGAGGUCAACACCAUGCCUCGUCCAGCGCGACGCAAGUUGGAAGUGCCUGUGCAGCCUGAGCCUGGCUUUGUUGGGGUAAAUCGACUCUCAUUUUGGGUAACCUCACAUCCUGCGGCUGAAUGGAAGCUGCUUCCAGAUGUUACACCGCAGCAAAUCGUGGCAGGGAGGCGGAUUAAGCGGUUGUUUACGGGCGACUUAACUGCCGCUGUCAUUGCCAGUCCACCGUUCGAAUGGAAUGAGGCUGUUUACCUUCGUGUGCAGCUUAGCCGCAUUGCCAGCGGGACGUACAUCUCCCCACUGGGGGCGCUUGAAGAGCCCGAGGAAGACGCUGACGAGGAGGAGGACGCCGACGACGAUGAUGGGGCCAACGCGAAGAAGCCCAAGGAGGCAAAAUACCGCCCACUCACCCAGGCAGUGAAGGGCUUCGCCUCGGAGGAGGAUUCCGACGUCACGCAGUGGGCGAAGCUGGAUCAGUGGGUCCACGCAGAGGGCUACAUCUACGCCAAUGGCCGGCAGACGAAGCUUCCGGAGAAGCCGGAGGAGGAGGAGGAGGAGGAGGCGGAGGAGCUGCAGCAGCAGCGGCAGGAGGAGGAGGAGGAGGAGGAAGAGGUGGUGGAAGAAGAGGAAGAGGAUGAGAAGGAGCUGUUCACCCCCGUUAACACCGACUUCCUGUACGCGAUCAUCAACGUCCCCGAGGCGCCGAAGGUGGACGAGGAGGAUGAGGAGGAGGAAGAGGAGGAGGCCGCGGACGCCGACGAGGCCGCGGAGGCGGAAAAGGAGGAGGACGACACGCCGCCAAAGCCCGUCACCGACGACGCCAUACCCGACGACGACCCGACGAAGGUGAAGGUUGCCGCCUGGACGCUGCGGGUUGUGAACAACAACAGCAAGAAGCACCGCGUGGUGCUGGUUCGCUCGCUGCGCUGGCCGGGCGCCGUCGCGUUCGCCGCGGACGGCGGCAAGCGGUGGGGCUGCGUCUACUUUGGCAACGGCCUCAAGAAGACGGACUUCAGCUUCACCCCCACCCUCGCCCCGCCGGUGCUCCCGGAGUGCGGCGACAUCACGGAGGCGAAUGAUCCCACGCCGGCGACGGAGAAGUUAGUCCGCCGCGGCGAGGAGCCGCCCGAGCCGGACUCGGAAGACGAGGUGGAGGAAGAGGAGGCGGAGGGUGACAUGUAG